UGACUGCCUGCGUCACUCAGGCACAGCUCAGGGAGGGCUUUAUAAAAAGCAGGUGCCGCAUCCUGCUCUUGAGGACAAGACUGGACUAGGGAACAGCUCUGUCCCUCUCAGCCUUAGAACCAAGGAGCUUCCGGGGGAACCUCUGCCAUGCAGCUGGUGGCCAGGCUGAUCGCUGUUCUGUUGCUGGUGUGGAGCAUGAGAGCAUCCGCCUUGCCUGGGGAGGAUAAGUUUUCUGUACAGAGCAGCAGGGAGCAAACCAAAGCCCGAAAAGGUCUGAUCCUGAAAAUGCUGGCAGAUCUACUGGAUGGGGUGGACGUGAGCCGUGAUGGGACGGCUUCCUCCGAUGCGGAAGACCUGUUCGAAAGCAACCUGGAGGAAGAGCCCUCUGUGUUGGGGAGGUUACCCCAGCUCACCCAGAGGGAUCGCAAAGCCCCCUGUAAAAACUUCUUCUGGAAAACGUUCACUGCCUGCUAACACCACCAGCACCAAGCACUCAUUCCCCAGCCUUCCCCUUGUAUUUACUCAUGGAUCUGGGGGAGGGGGGCUCCGACUCUUCUCUCACUGUGUAGGGUUGCCAACUUGGUGGCAGGGGUGGGUGGGGAUUAAUAGGCCUGGCCUGCUCCCGUCUCUUUAACAGAAGUUUGAUCUGCAGCUCUUCCUCCUCCCCCCUAGUCCCUCUUUCCUUUUGUGCUAUGUAUUUAAAACUGUAAGCCUGAGGGCAGGGAUUGUCUUGUUUCAAUUAGUUCUAUGAAAGCUGUUCUUGGAAGACUUCUUGGCUGGACAAUGGGGUACAAACGCCCUAAAAAAAUAACAAUGAUAAUAAAUUGCGUCCAACAUUAACUCCACCCAGAGUAGAUCUGAUUUGCACUUUCCAAAACAAUGUGUGACCCGAAACACAGUCGUCUUUCAAAAUUUGCGCUUCCCUGAAUUUUGGAAAUGCAGUUCUCCAGCCAAGAAUUCUUGCAAAUAUGUUAUAUCGGGGCAAAGUGUGCAUUUAAAAAAUGUAUUGUGUUACUGAAAAAAGCAUAUAAAAACACUAUAAAAAUAUUAGGGGCAAUUCCUUUGCAAAAUGCUUAUAUCAGGCAAAACCAUGUACAAAAAAAUGUGUAUAUCAGAAGAAAUUUGCACCCAAAUGCUGUUGAAUGUUCACGGAAACUUGUAGUGUGCUCAACAUAAACUAAUGUGGCAAAUGGAACACAAGAAAAAUAAGAAACAGUGAGAAACUGAAAUUGACAAUUUCACCCAUUCCUCAGGCUAAAAUUAUUAUUUGAUUGUAAUUACGGUAAUCAUGCAACCCAAGGACUGUAGGCCCCUAGCCAUAGAAACGUAAGGGAAAGUAAUGCAUUUGCAGAAAUUGUUUCCCUCCACUGAACGAAGAAAGAAACCUUUCUGGCUGCUGAUGUCCCAUCAGAGUUGCCAACUUUGUUACCAAACUAUGCUCCUCUGCCUUUAACCAUUGUUUGAUGUGCAGGCAUUGGUAUAUAGCACUGCUUAUCUCCAUGCUGCAAAAAGCUUUCACCCGCUGCUUUCUGCAAAUCAACAGGUGCUGUUAAAGGCAUAGGAGCAUUCCAGAUUAUUUCCCCCCAUGAGUUGGCAACGUUAUCUUCUACACGGCUCCUCAAUUCCCACAUCUGGGAUAAAUCACUGGACUAGGGGUAUUCAGGAUUUGUGGGUUGCAGUCAACUUUUACUUAGAGUAGACCCACUGGAAUGUAAAAGCAUGAAUAAAGCCACAUUCACAUAUUUGAAGCACUAUGAUACCACUUUAAGCAGUCAUGGCUUCCCGCAAAGAAUUCUGGGAGCUGUGGUUUGUUAAGGGUACUGAAGGUUGUUAGGAGACCCCUAUUCCCUUCUUGGAUCUACAAUUCCUAGAGUGGUUUAACAAUCAAGAGGGAACUCUGCAAACUGCAGCUCUGGGAGGGGAAGAGGGGUCUGCUAACAACCCUCAAUUCCCUUAACAAACUACAACUCCCAGGAUUCUUUCGGGGAGGCCAAUGACUGUUUAAAGUGGUAUGAUACUGUUAUGAUAUGAAGGUGGCCUAAUUUAGGUCCAUGCAUUUCAGUAAGUGUACACCAAACAAAAUUUAAAGACGUCCCACUAUUUUUAAUAGAAAUCCAUAGAUGAGGGUGUGUACUUUUGUGACAGAGACUGGAAUGGAUUUCUUUUAGCUGGCAUGGAGCAGAUUGGGGGUUGUUGCUGGGGGCCUUUGCAACACAGAGCGGAAAAUAACCGACCACAUGUCAGUCUCUGCAGAUCAAACAGGGCUGUUGAAAGGAACAUGGAAACAAGGGAGCAGUUGAGACAAUGGCUCUGCCCCACAUUGUGCAUCAUCUCUGGCCUCACUAAAUUAC